AUGGCAGACGCCCCUAAGUUCAACCUCCGCAAUCCUGCAGUGAAGCGGAUAAUGCAGGAAAUAAAGGAGAUAAAACAAGAUACAACAGGGGACUUCUUAGCUGAGGCUCUGGAGACCGACAUCUUCGAAUGGCACUUCGUUAUUCGUGGGCCCCCGGACACGGAAUUCGAAGGCGGAAUUUACCACGGGCGAAUUCUGCUCCCUGCCGAGUACCCCUUCAAGCCGCCGUCCUUCAUGAUGCUAACUCCCAACGGUCGCUUCGAAACCAACAUGAAGAUCUGCCUCUCCAUCUCCAGCCACCAUCCAGAGCACUGGCAGCCUUCCUGGAGCGUUCGUACGGCACUAACUGCCCUCAUCGCCUUCAUGCCCUCUCCUGGAGCCGGAGCCCUCGGCGCACUGGAUUUUCCGAAGGAUGAGCGACGAGCUCUAGCUGCCCGCAGCCGCGUGGAACCUCCCCGCUUCGGCAGCGCUGACCGGCAGCGGCUCAUUGAGGAAAUGCACAACCGCAUGGAUCGAAACCCAGGGAGGGCGGCACUUGGCAGCUCGGGGAGUGCUCCGACAGCAGCGGCGGCGGCGGCGACGGCGAUGGCGGCGGCGGCGGCGGCGGCUUCCGCGUCGGAGCGGCAAGACAGUGGAGUUGCGCGUUCCUCCACCGCCGCUAUGGCGCCGGUGGCGGCGGCGACGGUGGUGCCCAACGCCGCCGCCGCCGCGGCGGCAGCCGCCGCCACCAGUACAGAUCAUAUGCUGACGGCGCUCAUGUGGGCCCUAUAUUUCGGAAUCGGGGCUAUUUUGCUCCGCAAGGUGAUGGGCGUCAUUGGCUUUGACCUCAACGAGUUGAUGCAGUGA